AUGUGGCACCAAGUUCAUGACACGACUGUCACUUCUGAUAAUAAAAAGCCCCCCCUCAAGCCCCCCAUCGCAUCCUUCCAUUGCCUCACCCUCUCUUUCAUGUCCUGUUCUUCUUCCACCUACCUCUCCUCUACUUUCACCAUCCCCCCCAUCCACUUCCCCCCCAUCCACUUCCCCCCCAUCCACUUCCCCCCCAUCCACUACCUCCCCAUCCACUCCCCCCCCAUCCACUUCCUCCCCAUCCACUUCCCCCCCAUCCACUUCCCUCCCAUCCACUUCCUCCCCAUCCACUUCCCCCCCAUCCACUUCCUCCCCAUCCACUUCCCCCCCAUCCACUUCCUCCCCAUCCACUUCCCCCCCAUCCACUUCCCCCCCAUCCACUUCCUCCCCAUCCACUUCCCCACCAUCCAUUUCCUCCCCAUCCACUUCCUCCUCAUCUACUUCCUCAUCCUCACCAUCCUAUUCCUCGUCGUCCACACCUGCCUCUGGAGGGGGGGCCGGCGGAGGAGGUGGCUUAUCGACGGGAGCCAUCAUUGCCAUUGCAGCUUUGGCGGUCGUUGCGUUGCUGCUGCUGCUCGUGGUCUGGUUCCUGCUGCGCCAGAGGGGGCACAAGGCAACUAA